AUGAUGGCUGCUCACAUGUUUGACGAAAUGUGUUUGAAAUUUAAUUUAUUUGACUUGAUAAAUCAAGAUCUGAAAAAAUUUUUAGAAAAUGUAAAAGAUGAGAAAGUUUGUAUUGUCUCUGUCAUUGGCAAAACGUCAUUGAAUUCUCCUCAAAUCAAGGAACAUAUAAUUGCUGAAGCUCUUGACAAGCAUAUUUUUCAGAAUGAAGAAAAUAAGAAAAGUAGUUGGGAUAAGGACAUUAAAGGCUAUUAUGAAUCAACUACCCGCACAAUCUUCCUGCAGAUGACAGGUAUAUCAGACACUGUAUGUUUAGUAAACAAGUGUAAGGAAAUGGAAGACGAUCUAAAGAUAAAAAGUUUUUUAGAAGUUUGGAGUGAUCUUCACUAUGGCUAUGCUAAAACACUUUUGAUGCUGUUUUGUAUAUCUCACAUCAUUAUAGUUGUGCAUCCCAAAGCUUGUUUUGAUCUGAGUUAUGUGUAUUUGUUCCGAGCAUUAGAUACAAUGAGAUCAAAAGCAAUUCCUUGGUUUCGAGAAUUACUGACUGGAAUUGACAUAUCUAAUGACUGGAUUCAAAAUGGAAGACCGUGUUCCCCCAGAGUUCUGUUUGUUUUCGAGUCUUGUCCAUUAUUCCAUACUUAUGAUAACAAUGCCAAUGCGGUGUUAGAAGGAGCUAUUAGGUCUAAACCUAAGAAACAAAGUCCAUUAAAAAAAUUGGAGCAUUCUCUUGAAGAUCAGAUUUACAGAAUUUUAAGGAAAAGCCGAGUCAUCACAAAUGUCAGUGGAAAUUCUCUUUUUGCUGUUCCUGCAAAUCAAGAAUUUGUGUUUAUAUUUUCUUCGAAACCAUAUAUUACUGAUUUUGUUGGAUUCUUUUUAACUCAGAUACGAGCUCAUUGUCAGAUGGCAAAGGAAUUAGAUCUUACAGAAAACAAACAGAGAAGUCAGACUACUUCUCUAGGAAACAGUACUUUUCAUUCCUCUGAAAACACUUUUGCUGAACGCAUGCCUUUUGGAAGUGAUAAUACUGAUCACAGCUUUUCAAAAUUUUUGUUUCAGCACAUUAAUUUAGCUUUAACAAAAGGAUUUGAUGAUAAUGUUGGUCGUUAUCCGGUGCCUGCCUAUUUUGAGCUGGCUUCUGCUCACACUUGGUUUACAAUUGCUUGCAACAUUUUAACUGCAAUGCAGAGUGAGCCAAAGGAUGCUAAAAGUAGAUCCUUUCAUCAAACAAUUAAAGCUGCUUUGGAUACUGAUGUUAAAUUUUCAGAAGGGAGGUGUGCCAAAGUGUUACCUCUUGCAUCUGCUGCUUAUCAAGAUAAUCUGCCUACUCACUAUACAGAAGAUUAUCAUCAGAACAGAUUAGCUCAUGCCUUACAUGUUUUCAACCUUCAUGCCAGAGGUCCAGCUGUUCAAAGAUUUGCAAAGCAGUUAAAAGAAGAUUGUGAGAGGCUAUGGAAAAAUGGUCAUCAAAUGUGCGAAGUUCUUAGUCUCACAGGAAACAAUUGCAUGAAUCCUAUACAUCGAACAGCAGAUGAUGAUUCUCAAGAAGAUAAAAAUUUACCAAUCAUGUCACAUUGUAGUCAAGUAAAAAUAUUAUCUACUUGUGAUUGUGGUAGGAAACAAGGCACGAGAGAUGAUCCUUUUGAUGUUAAGGCUGCAAAUCAUGACUUCUAUAUAAUUCAAAGAAAUCAGUGUUGCCGAGAUUUGGAGAGAAUUGAAUUUCCAGUGUUUCAAGCCAGCACUGUUGAAUCUCACCCUGUUAGAAUUUCACCCAUUCCCAUUCUUGUAUGCAAUGAAGACUCAGAAGAAAAGAUUAAGGAAACUAAUUCGGCCAGUAGCUCAACUCAUGGCAAUAACCUUUCCAAAGCUGAACUUUCUGAAGGUAAUUCAGAAGAGAAUUCCCUUACUAAUGAGAUAGAGCAAUUAACUACUGAUGAUCAAUCUCAAAGUCAAGCUGAAGAUGAACGGGAUGAGAUUGUAAUCAGAAUUCAGGAUGACAUCAGCUGCAAAGAUAGAAGUCUUACUAGGCAACCAUCUACUACAGAAUAUUUGCCAGGAAUGCUUCAUUCAGAAAGUAGGCUUGGUCUUCUUCCAAAAUUUCCAUCUUGGUCUUUAGUGUGUCUGGGACCAUCUAGUUUAUAUUCACACAAUAUUGGUUUACAGGAACAGCCUGGUUUUAUUGUUGGUACAAACUAUCUUUUGCCUUGGGAUGUAACAGUAAAACUUGAACAGAAAGAGCGGUGGCCUGCUUUGUGGGAAGGCAAGAGGCCAUUAAGUUUAAAAGCUAAGAAGGCAAUUAGAGAUGGUCCUCAGUUUAAUGUAAAAAUUUUUAUUGGAGUGGAAUACGAAUGUUAUCAUGGUCAUCGUUUUAUGUGUUCUGCUCCUGAUAGAGUGCUUAGAGUUACCAGUACUGGUCAUGUGAAAGAUAAUGCUUCUAAAGUCACAGGAUCUGAUAUGCCUUUGUAUUUUCCAUGCCCUUUCAGGUCCUCUAAACCACAAAUUGCUCAGUUAAUGAGAAUUCAUGUUGUUACACCUAAAGCUCCUGUUCAUGUGACUCUUAACCCAAAAGUUCAACCAGCUCCAGAACCUUGUCCACUCUUUUUCCCAACUUUGAAUGAACCCUUGAAGUUAUCGCAGUCUGCAUAUUGGGUUUUAAGAUUACCCUUUGUUUAUGAAGGUGAACAUGGACCGUAUUUACCGCCUAGAGAACCCAUGCCAGUGUCAGCAUGUCGACUACUGAAGGGAAUGUAUAAUAUUGCAGAACAACAAUCAAACAGAUGAAAUCAGGACUAGGAUUUGUGAUGAAGGGAAAAGUGCUUUUAAUAUGUUCAUGAAAACUCUGUGUCAUGCGGAAAUUCUACUUGCGAGAUGACCAGUAUCAUUUGCAGUAUCUUCAUACGACGAGUAUGUAUGAGUAGCAGUCAUUUCACACAGUGUAUGGAUUUACAUGCUGAAAUUGCAAGAAAAAUGUGUUUAAUAUCAGAAGGGAAAAUGUUUCAUCAGCUACUUGCAAAAUAUAGCUAUGGAUGCCAAAAGAAAAAUGAAUUCAUCGAAGAAUUUGUAAUUUUAAAAAUCAUUUAACAUUUUUAAUUGUCUUUUUAAUUUUGAAAGGUUAAUUUUCUUUUCCUGUAUCUUCAGACAGUAACUGCAUGGAGAAUUAAUGUUUUGGAUAAAAAUUCUUAUUUUCAGGGAUGGUGGAACAACAAAACUUGCAUUCACUUAUUUUUCUUAUGCUGCUAAAACCUGUAAAUUUCUUUCUGUACUGAGAAAAAUAUACUUCUUUUUUAUUUC